AUGUAAUACGAUACACAAAAUAAACCUAGCAAAAGAUCUUUCAAAGGUGUAACUUUGGUUAUUAUUGUCACAAGUCGUAUUAAGAGAAUAAAUAAUUCUUCAUAUUAUCAAUAAUUUGUGGAAUAAAAAAAUUUGAGAAUUCAAAUUCCAAUUGACGAUUCUUUAAAUCAACUCAUGACUGGUCAACUAUUUUAAAUUGAUUCAUUGUUAAGAAAAGCGUUUUAAAUAGCAUUUGUAAAAUAAAAAAUAUGA